AUGGCGGGUAUUGAAGAAAAAGCGAAAAAGACAAUAGUCUUUCUCCAUCCUGACCUGGGAAUCGGUGGCGCAGAAAGAUUGGUCGUCGACGCCGCCGUAGGUCUUCAGAACCGUGGCCAUAAGGUGGUCAUCUUUACGAGCCAUUGCGAUCCCCGACACUGCUUUGAUGAAGCUCGCGAUGGAACCCUCGACGUCCGAGUCCGCGGAAACUCCCUAAUCCCCCCCUCGCUCCUAGGCCGCUUCUCCAUCCUCUGCGCCAUCCUGCGCCAAAUCCACCUAAUCAUUCAAAUAACCCUCCUGUCUUCCGAACUGCACCUCCUGAAUCCAUCCGCCUUCUUCGUCGACCAACUCAGCGCCGGCCUACCCCUCCUCAAACCCCUCGUGCCACAAUCCCCAUCUUCUUCUACUGCCACUUUCCCCGAUCUCCUCCUCGUCCAGGGUCGAACAAAAUGGUACAAACGUCUCUACCGCCUGCCCUUUGACACAUGGGAAGAAUGGUCCAUGGGUUUCGCCGACUCGAUAGCCGUCAACUCGAGUUUCACCAAGGGGAUCGUUUCACAAACAUGGCCUAGCCUAGCUUCCAAACGUAGCUUGGAAGUAGUCUACCCGUGCAUAGACGUGCGCUCUGUCGCCAACCCCAACCAAAAAACCGACGACGACGAAGGAAGUGUCCUCCCCUGGACCGCCAACGGUAUAAUCCUCUCAAUCAACCGCUUCGAGCGCAAAAAGGACAUCGCUUUGGCAAUCAAAGCUUUCGCCUCCCUCUCCCCUUCCCAGCGCGGAAAAGCAAAGUUGAUAAUAGCGGGGGGGUACGAUAACCGCGUUCACGAGAAUGUGUCGUAUCAUACCGAGCUGGUUAACCUCGCCGAAGGUGCUCCGUUUCACUUGAAGACCGCCACUGCAAAAACGGUCGUCUCAGCGUUAAACACAGCGCCAGACGUGGAGGUGUUGUUCCUGCUGUCGGUGCCUAACACCCUCAAGGAGAUCCUUUUAAGGUCUGCUAGACUGUUGGUGUAUACACCCAGUAACGAACACUUUGGGAUUGUUCCGCUGGAGGCCAUGUUGCGCGGUGUGCCGGUGUUGGCGGCGAAUAAUGGCGGACCGGUGGAGACGGUGGUGGAGGGUGAGACGGGGUGGUUGAGGGACCCGAAACAGACGGAGGAGUGGGCCAAGGUUAUGGAUAAAGUGCUGAAUGGCAUGGGAGAGGAGGAACUCAAGAAGAUGGGGAGGAGAGGGGUUGAGAGGGUUAAGGGCAAGUUUGCGGAUACGCAGAUGGCGGAGAGGUUGGAGGAGAUUAUUGAGAGGAUGCCGAGGGGUGAGGCACAAGGGAUUGGGAUGGUUAUUGUCGUAGUGGGCGUUGGCCUGACCCUGCCCCUGCCCCUGCCCCUGCCCCUGCCCCUGCCCCUGAACUUGAACUUAAUUGAGCCUGCUGCUCCUCCUGACCCUGAAACCGAGCCAGCUCCCGACGAUCAGCCGCAUCCCAGGCCUGUCUCCGUCGGUUCCGCGCCUCAGCCUGUCUUUGAGCUUCGAUACGGUCUUCAUUUUCAACCCGAGCCAGAAACUGAGCUUGAGUUGGAGUCAAGUGGGAGGAUCGAUUUUGAUCCUGACUCUGAGCUGGAGGAGGUUCAACCCAAACCUGGGCUUGAAUCCGAGCCUGCUUCUGAGCUUCAAUCCGGGCUUGUAACUGAGCUGGAGUCUGAGUUUGAUCUUGAUCCUGAGUUUGAGUUGGAGCCCGAGUCCGAGCCUCAAUCAGAGCCUGGGCCUAAAUCCGAGCCUGCUCUGAGCCAGGUUCCGAGCCUGCCUCUUAGCUUCACGGUGAGCCUUUUGAAUUUGAGCUUCAGCCUGCUCGCGAGCUCGAAUCUGAGCCUGACCGUAACUCUGGCCUUGACCGCAACCCCCAUGAUGACCAUAGCCAUCACCGUAUCCCUCAUCAUAACCCUCACCAUAGCCCCGACCCCCAUUAUAACCCUCAUCAUAACCCUGGGCGCCACCCUCACCGCAACCCUCACCGUAACCUUGACCGUAAUCCUGACCGUAAUCUUGACUCUGACCUUGACUCUGACCUUGACUCUGACCUUGACUUUGACCCUGAUCGCCAUUCUAAUCGUAAUCCCGGUCUACUAA